GAACGUUUUUUGCGAGAGUGCAACGUUCUUCCAGCGUGUUUUCCUAAAAGCAGAGUGCGGUAAAACCAUGUGGCACUCAACUGCAGGGCACUGUAACCUUGUCUUUAUUAUUGGCAUUUCGUCUGGCGCUCUUCUCACGGUAACAUAGUGGCAUAACUACUUUAAGGAUGGAGAGCUAAGACACCAGCAAUUAGAGCGAUGACUUCUGCAGUUGAAGGAAAAGGAGGUGGAAGGGACAUGAAGAGUGAAAGUGGCAUGAAAAUUGGCCAGGUUAAGCACAUCAAGAAGAAAUGCAGAAAGAAGGCUGGCAAGCUCCGUCCUCUGGUGCAGGCGUCCAAGAGAUGUAGUCCUGUUAAGGGAGAACUCAAACCUACUAGUGAAGGAUCCUUUACCAAGGAACCUGCCAUUUCAGCCCAGGGAGGAUCCAUUCCUGCCCAAAGAGAGGUAGCUUCAAUCCAGAAAGGAGCUAGUCUUAAGGAUGAGGGAGCUACUCCAGCCCUAGGGGGAGCUAAGCCUGUCCAAGGAGGAGGUAUUCUUGGCCAUGGAGGACCCAUUCCGGGUGGUGAGAUUAAACGCAAUAAGAAGAAAUGCAAAAAGAAAGCUGGCAAGCUCCGUCCUCUGGUGCAGUUGCCCAAGCAUAAACUCAGCCCUGUCAAGGGAGGAAUUAAACCUGCCAGUGAAGGAGCCUUUACUAAGGAACUUGGCAUUUCAACCCAGGAAGCAACCCCUUUUGUCCAGGAAGGAGCCAUUCCUGUUCAAAGAGAUGUAGCUCCAGCCCAGGGAGGGGCCAUUCAUGACAAUGGAGGAGCUAUUUUUGCCCUGGGCGUAGCUAAUCUUAGCCAAGGAGGAGUCAUUGGUGCCAAGAGUGAAGCCGUUCUUGGCCAGGGAGGACCUAUUCCUGGUGGGAUUAAACGCAAUAAGAAGAAAUGCAAAAAGAAAGUUGGAAAGGUACGUCCUCUAGUGGAGGUAUCCAGGAGAGGAUAUGGCCCUACCGAGAGUGGAGCCAUUCCUGCCCAAGGAGGAGCCAUUCCUGCCCAAGGAGGAGCCAUUCCUGCCCAAGGAGGAGCCAUUCCUGCCCAGGGAGGAACCAUUCCUACCCAGGGAAGAACCAUUGCUACCGAGAAAAGAGCCAUUCCUGCCCUGGGAGGAGUUAUACCUACCCAGAGAGGAGCCAUUCCUGCCCAGGAAGGAGCCAUAUCUGCCAAGGUUAUAGCCAUGCCUACCCAUGGAGAAGCCAUAUCAGCCUCAGUUGCAGCCAAAUCUGUCCAGGGAGGAGCCAUUCCCAGCAAGGUUGGAUUCAAACCUGAGAAAAAGUCAAGUGUCACACAAAAGGGUAAAAGAGACAGUGUUACCCAGGUCUCGGGAAAAAAUCUUUCACUCAAGAGGAAAAAGUUGAAGAACUCCAAAGAUCAAAUGACUCUAGAGGGAGACCUGUUGGAGGAAUAUUUGAGGCGGGUGGAAAAGAGGAAUGAGCGCACUCUGUAUGUCAAAGUACCUUCACCAGUUGAUAUAAAUAAUACCAAGAUCCUAAGUCCUUUGUUUGAUGAUGCAGCUUCCACACGGUUUCCACAGCACAAGAUGUAUGGAUAUUGUUACAUUGAGUAUGAAUCCCAGGAAAAGGCUGAGAAAAUGAAGCCUAUAUUAGAAGAAAUAGAGAUACUUGGGAGAAGAUGCGAAGUGGACUUUGUUGGAGUAAAAUCUAAGAAUUAUAUUCCUCCCAAAGUCUUAUGUGUUUACCCUAAAGAGUUAUUUCUAGAUGGCUUGCCUCCAGACACAACAUAUGAAGACCUGAGGUCAGCCUUCAAUACAGCCCAAAUUAUCCAGACCAAGAAAUUUCUCAAAAAAGGUAAUGCGUACAUAAAGUACAAAAGAAAAGAGGAAGCAGAAAAGGUAUUUAGAGAACAGGGUGGUCUUAGAAUCAAUGGACGGGAGGUUAUGGUGUUGUAUGUGAAAGCCUGUCCCAGUGAACAAUCAACUGACCCAGAAGCAAAGCGAAGGAAGGGUGAUGAUACAGCCAAGAGAAAACAAGAUCUCAAAGAUUUGUAGAGAUACGAUAAUGAUUAAGGCUGACAUUUUUUUUCGCAUAUCAAUAGGGAUUAAAGUGAGAGAAUCCCUUGUGACAAAUGUCUCUCCUUUAACUGGAGAAAAAUUAACAAUACAUCUGUAAGAUGGAUGAUUACUGUACAAUGCACUAGCAGAGGUGCUGAGAAACAGCUAGCAAACUAAAAUAUAUAUAUUGAAUAGGUUUUUUUUUUUGCAAUGUUGUUGGUUAUUUGUUAAAGAUCAUUUUUUUAAAGAAUUAAGAGAGAAUAUGUGAUGUGUUUAUAUUAUGUGGGUU